CGGUAGGCCGAUUUUUGGAAGGAAGCAUUCCUCGGCAGCUCAUUCCCUCUCCCGCUUAGAAAUCUUUCUGGGUUCUGCACAUUUUGACAGGUACCUUACGCGCUGAAGGCUGCAGGAAUGCUCAAGACGAACAACCAAAAAACACACUUGUGAGGUUUCGCCACUCGUCGAGCGGUGCAUGCUUUACCGCUUUGGACGGAACAUUUCAGAAGGGCAGAGGACGGCGCUUCUGCGUGGUGCUGAAAAAUGUGCCAGGUAUUAUAAUUGUACCGAGUCAUUUACACUAAUAGUGGAGACCCGCCGGUCGGUUGCGCCUUAAAUUUCCUCCUCCGGACGCUGUUAGGGACGACGGUUUGGCAGUGUAUCAUCCCCCGGUGGUACCGCACGGUCGAUCAGUACGCUGGAAGCCGUUCAGCCGACCAGAAGUCCGUCCAGCCAAACCCGAGGGCGAACAAAUCGAAACCGCGAGCCGCAUAACCUCGGCGGAUCAAACAGAAAGUGGCGUGCGUCGGCAUAUAACUUAAGUGGACAUAAUUGGUUUUAAUAUACGGUUGUGCGUUUGUGCGAAAAAGGAUUGCGGCCGAGAACAGUGAGUUGCGGCGUUUGAUCUCGACUUUUGUCGGUGAGCAGCGGCAAGAGUGUAUUGUUUUAUUGUGUGAGAGGUAUUCUAGUAAUUUUUCGUAGACGGGCGCCAGUGUUCUAGGUCACACUGUUGGGUAGUAAUCCAGUUAGUAGCACGUGCCGGUUCGGAGUCCACUGCCGGAACUGGGCCCCGAUAGACUUAGUAGAGCUUUGUCACUCAUUGCAUUGUCCGGUUGAGAGGGCCGGCUCUUCCUUGGAGAAGAUUCUAUCAUAGCGCUAACAAAUUGCAAAAGGGUUCUAGAGGGUGUUGAGGGAAAACCGGUUCUCACGGUAGUAUUAGUACCUGCUUAGCCUUACCCUGCUGUGCUGUAGUUGUAUCCGUAGAAGGACGCCAUAAGAUGCUACGCAGGCAUACCCUAUUCUGAGAAGCUUCAGUAGUUCAUUUGGAGAGUCUAGUGUUAGUUGGCACCGGCAUAGUGAAUUCCGUGCUCCCUCCCGAACCCCGAACUACUCCAGCGGAGGUCCAGUUCUGCACUUACCAAUACACCCUUUCCAACAUGGCAACCAGUAAUCCGGCAUUUGAAAGCGAUGAGCCCGUGGCAGUGGUGACGGUACGAUCGCCCAGCUACGAACCCUCCCAGACACGCUCCAACGAACAACCACCACAGCUGUCGGCGAUUCAACCCACUUCCAGCGAGGUAGAAUUGUCCACCGCCAAGGUGAACCACUUCCAGCAACUACCGGACGCCGGUGGCAACACCCGAGCCAGCGCACUGCUCGAGAUGAACCUCAUGAAGAACAUCCCCAAGGUUCAGCGCGACAAAUGGGGCAAAGAUAUCGAGUUUCUGCUGUCCUGCAUUGCGCUCUCGGUCGGGCUGGGCAAUGUGUGGCGCUUUCCGUUCACGGCGCUGGAAAACGGUGGCGGUGCAUUUGUCAUACCGUACCUGAUCGUGCUGUUGCUGGUCGGCCGACCGAUAUACUAUCUCGAGAUGCUGAUCAGUCAGUUUUCGAGCCGGGGCUGCAUCAACGUGUACGAUGCGUCGCCGGCAAUGCGUGGCAUCGGGGUCGGCCAAACCUACUCCACGUUCAUUGUGAUGACGUACUACGCGUCGCUGAUGGCCGUUACGAUGCGAUAUCUGAUCGCAUCGUUCGCCGAUCCGCUACCGUGGAGCGAGUGUAGCGAAGCCUGGAACGCUACCUGCAUCGAUUCACGGUUGAUCAGGAACAUGGCCGAAAAUUCGUCGACAACGGCCGUCACCUCUGCCGAGCUGUACUUUGUGAGGGAUGUGCUGAAGGAAGCGAGCACUAUACACGAUGGAAUAGGAACUCCAGAUUGGCGCUUGGUGUUGUGCUUACUCGUUCCAUGGACCUGCAUCUGUUUAACGCUAAUUAAAGGAAUUAAAAGCUCCGGUAAAGUUGCUUACUUCCUGGCCAUUUUCCCGUACGUGGUGAUGUUGGUGCUGUUGGUGCGGGCCUGCACGCUGGAGGGUGCCGGUGAUGGCAUGCUGUACUUUAUCAAGCCCCAGUGGGACCGUAUCCUCGAGGCGAAGGUUUGGUAUGCGGCCGUCACGCAAGUGUUCUUCUCACUCACGAUCUGCUUCGGCAACGUGAUGAUGUAUUCGUCCUACAAUCGUUUCCAAAACAACGUCUACAGAGAUGUGACAAUUGUGUCUAUCAUGGAUACUUUCACAUCGAUGCUGGCCGGUUUGAUAGUGUUCGGCGUGAUCGGACACCUGGCGCACGUGUUGGAGGCUCCGGACAUCAAGCAGGUUGUACGGGGUGGUGCAGGGCUUGCCUUCAUCACAUACCCGGACGCGAUCGCCAAGUUUACCUUUUGGCCGCAGUUCUUCGCGAUCGCCUUCUUCCUGAUGCUGUUCGUGCUCGGUAUCGGGAGCAACGUCGGCAUGGCAACCACAACCAUGACGGUAAUUCGCGAUCGGUUCCCCCAGCUGCAGCCGGCCCUGGUGGCGGUUGGAAUCGCGGUGGUUGGGUUCGGGAUCGGAAUCAUCUACACCACACCCGGUGGGCAGUACUUGUUGGACUUUUUGGACUUUUAUGGCGCUUCGUUCGUGGCACUCGUGCUGGCGGUGUUUGAGAUGGUAACGUUUGCCUGGAUUUACGGCGUGGGUCGCAUCUGUCGUGAUAUUGAGUUUAUGCUCGGCAUCAAGACGGGGCUCUACUGGCGCGUCUGUUGGGGCAUUAUCACACCGACGCUGUUGUCCGCUAUCCUGCUCUACCACAUCGCAACGUACGAAACAUUCACUUUCAACGGUUACGUGUAUCCGGAUGGGAUGUAUGCCUUUGGUUGGUGUAUCUUUGCAGCCGGUGUAUUGCAACUCCCGGCAUGGGCCAUUUACACGUUCAUGAAGCGCAAGGAACCAGACUGGAAGGAUCGUCUAAUGCACUGUUUCAAACCAACGCACGACUGGGGCCCGGAAGACCCCGAACUGAAUGCCAAGUAUCAUGAAUCGGUGUACAAAUACGAACAAUCACUGCCUCGGGAUCGAUCGAUACUGCGAAGAAUGUACGAUAACGUGUUCAGCUAAAGCAUUUAUUACGAACCUUUCGUUCGCUUGCAGUGUGAACCGCAUUUAAGCCAAAAGUUGGUUUGUACUCUAAAGAAUAAAUUAAACUUAAACGAAUGGUUUUAUGCAUUCUGCUAUA